AUGUCUGCCCCCAAGUACGCCAAGGACCAGCCAGCCGGCUUCAUCAACCGCAUCGAAAAGGUCGCCAUUGUGGGCGCUGGCGGCAGGAUCGGCUCAUACCUGACCAAGCACCUCCUCGCCACGGGCAAACACACAGUCACAGCCCCCACCCGCGCCAGCAGCAAGAGCAUCCUGCCCGCGGGCGUCCGCCGCGUAGAGGUUAACUACGCCGACGAGUCGGCCCUCGUUGAGGCCCUCCGCGGCCAGGACUUCCUCGUCAUCACGCUCGCGGCGGCCGCCAACAUGGACCCCACCAACCCGUCCACCAGGCUCAUCGCCGCGGCGGCACAGGCGGGCGUGCCCUACGUGAUGCCCAACGCCUACGGGCCGGACCCGCUCAACAACGCCAUGGGGGCAGACGCGCACCUCAAUCAGUAUUUCCUGGCCGACAGGGCGCAGAUCGAGCAGCUCGGCGUGAGCAAGUGGGUCGUGCUGGCGACGGGGUUCUGGUACGAGUGGUCGCUGGUCAGCAACGCCCAGGACCGGUUCGGGUGCGACGUGACGCACAGGAAGAUGACCUUUUUCGACGACGGGGAGGAGAAGAUCAGCACGACCACGUGGGACCAGUGCGGCCGGGCGCUGGCGGCGUACCUGAGCCUGAAGAGGUUCCCCCAGGACGAAGCGGACAAGGACGUCCCGACCGUCGAGAGGUGGGCGAACAAGGCGCUGUACGUGUCGAGCUUCCGCGUCAGCCAGAAGGACAUGUUUGAGAGCGUCAAGCGCGUGACGGGCACGACGGACGCGGACUGGACGAUUGAUCAUGCGGACUCCAAGACUCGGUGGGAGGAGGGCGUCGAGGGGAUGAUGAAGGGCGACCACAGUGCCUUUUCGCGGCAAUUAUACACGCGGAUUUUCUUCCCCACGGGCGAGGCUGAUCAUUCGCGGCUCGGGCUGGUGAACGAGGCGCUGGGUCUGCCGGUGGAAGACAUGGAUGAGUCUACCAAGGAGGGAUUCCGUCUGUUGGAGACGGGGGUGUUGUCCAUGUAG